AUGCAGCAAGGUGACGCGCUGCCCACAAUCGUAAAAGAGAUAACCCAGUUGCAGAUCGAGCGAUACGCGGACGCGGCAGGCGAUCAUAAUCCCAUUCAUUUGGAUGCGGACUUCGCGACCGGAGUGGAGUUUGGUGGCUCGACUCUCGACGGCACAAUUGCACAUGGUAUGAUGAUACUCGCGUCUAUAUCCGAGAUGCUCACAGUUGCAUUCGGUGAGGACUGGCUUAAUGGUGGCAAGCUGAAGGUGCGGUUUCGCGGGCCUGUCUAUCCCGGCGAAACCAUAACGGCAAACGGGAAUGUUAAGAAAGUAAACGAACUAGACGGCUUCAGCGAACUGACUUGCACCGUUGGCGUUCGCAAGGACAAUGGAGAUACGGCAAUCAGCGGCGACGCGAUUGUGCGUAUUGCGUGCAGUGGCUUACGCCACGGGAGAGAUUAA